GAACAAAAUACUUCGAUGGACGAUAUUCUUUCCCGCAUCCACGAGUAGAGCUGUAGAUCGCAUCAGUGUCAGAGUCAAGGUCUUUAAAAGAGGAAGUGCCUGGACAGUCGCUUCGGUCAACCCACAGGGAGCUCAGCAUACACGCCUAAAGGUUCUGAGAAAGCGAGCAAGUCUAGUGAAAUUGGCUAUCAGCUCCUAGCUUCUUGAGUGCACGGUCACCAGUGUUGUUGUAAGCACAUGUCUAUCGUAUGUGCAGCACAGAGCACUACAUACCACUUCUCGAUCUUCGUCAAGCCAAGCCUAGCGCGCAACAUGUCGACCAAGACGGCCCCGUCGGGUCUGACGAUCCAAUCGCAAGGGGGACCAAUCAAGAUCUUGGCUUUUCACAGCUACACAUCCAACGCUGCCAAUUUCUCCAAGCGUUUAGGAGCGCUUCGAAAGACGCUGGCUCCUGUCGCCACACUACACUUCGUUCAAGCUCCCAUCACGGUGCCUCCGAUGCUCCUCGAAGAAGGUCAAGAACCGCCGAUCGAGGAUGAGAGCACCCCAAUCGAAGAUACGCACAGGAGCUGGUGGAAGAGUACGGAUCUCACAGAGGAGGAAAUGAAGAGUGUCAAGAUUACAGAAGAGGACGAGCAUUUUGGACCACCGCAAAAGUAUGUGGGUCUGGAAAAAUCGGUCGACCUUGUCAAUCGAAUCGUGGAAGCAGAGGGUCCCUUUCACGGAGUGCUAGGAUUCAGUCAAGGCACGACCAUGGCAGGCAUCAUGGUAUCGGCAUUCGAAGAUCCUGCCAGGUUACCCGGCUUCAAACUGCCGCCAAGUCAAGGCAGAUUGAGAUUCUGCAUCGCAGUGUCGGGCUUCAAGGCACGAGACAAGAAUUUGACAAGUCUCUUCCCCGAACGCGGCAUCCAGACUCCUGUACUGCACGUCCUUGGAAGAAAUGACUACAUCACUGACAAGCACAGAACGGGAACUCUGGUGAACGCGUUUGCUAGCACUUCUAGAGUCGUCUACCACGAUGGAGGUCACCUCACACCCACCACAGGUCCAUGGCGCAAGUUCUUUUUGGAUUUCAUUUCGCAAUUCAGAGAUGAGCACGAUGGGGAUUGGAGAGGCAUUGCAGGUCCCGAGGUCGAUUCUCAUUUGGAGCACAAAGAGGAAAGCCAAAAAGCUGAGACGGAGAACGAUCUGAGAGAGGAUGCAGAAGCGGAAAGGAGAGAGGCUUGGAGAGGCGCCCAAAAAGAUGGAGCUAGUACUGGGAAGUCUUCGCUUUGAGACGGGCGGCGCCUUGGCCAAAUGUGCGAAGUGAGGAUUUAUACCCCGCUGUCUUCAUCGAUGCGCAAAUAUUCGCUUCCCCGGCUGUCCAGCUCGGGCUGCAGGCGUGGGUGUGUAUGUGAGGGUGAAUGACACAACACAGCUCACACACACACAAAGCAACUGAAUUGUCCAGAGGUCAAAGUU